AUGCAACAUAAAGCCACAAUUCUCGUAGCACCGACGUUAGCCAAUAGCAGUUGCUCUCACCCCCGUUAUCUGCACAUCACGUUUUUCUCUGCCCUCACCCCUGGAGAUGUUCUCCAAGCGGUGAUAGUUUUGUUCAUAACUGUGGGAGUGUUGGGAGCGAAUAUGUUGCUCAUCCUGGUGAUCAACAGCAGGAGGUACUCUAAGUACAUUCAUUCUCAACCCCGCUAUCUUUUAACGUCGCUGGCGAGUAACGACUUCGCUAUGGGAUUAUUUGUGACUCCUUUCGCUAUCGUCCCCUCCUUACGACAUUGCUGGCCGUACGGGGAGCUUGUCUGUCAGAUACAGGGAUUACUUCGUGGCGCAAUCAGUCAACAAAGUGCUGUGAUAUUAAUAUGCAUGGCCAUGGACAGAUAUUUGUGUAUGCUGUAUCCCGCCAGAUACCACAAACAUUCAAGUAAAAAGAAACUCAGUAGAUAUGGUAUAACUGAAAUAAGUUUCAAGUGGUUCGAGUCAUACUCAGCAGAUCGCACCCAGAUGCUCAAAACCUCUUCAUACUCAAAUGAAGGUAAAGUUACCAGCGGCGUCCCACAAGUUUCGGUUCUGGGCCCACUUUUAUUCUUAAUUUACAUUAAUGACCUAUCGUCUAUUAACAUCCAAGAAAAAUUUACUUCAUUUGGUGAUGAUACCACCAUUUUAUGA